AUGCCGCGGCUCUCCCCAGAGGAUCACGAGGGUGGCCCUGAGGAUGGCUACGCCACCUUGGAGGAGGAUGAUGGUGACCAGGAUGAUCGUGGAGCAGCCUCGGAGGAUAGCGACGAUGACAUUGUGCCAUUUGGCCGACGCACGGUGAAGCUGUUGGCCAUUCGUGCAAACUUCCGUAUUUGCGCUAUCAACGGCUACGACUGGCAACUAGGUGCAUCUACAGGCAGCACGAGAGGGAAGUACAAGAGCUUGCAGGAAGGAAUGGUCGAUUUGGUCCCUAUUGGACCCUGUGGUGUUCUCAUGGCUUACGGCGCCUUCACCUUGGAAGUUUUCCAUUCCAUUACUAGAGCCGGCAACACUACUACAACUGGCAAUGAAGGGUCUAGUAGGGUUCGUUCACCCAUCAGAAAGGACUCUGAUGUUUGUGGUGCUCCCAUCAGAGUGGAAUGGGAUGUUUGUGGUGAAGAUGAUGACAAAGAACCGGAGGAAUACACACAAACCAUCUGCUGCAGAGGCCCUGGCCGCAAGUUGGAGAUCACAUACUUGGUCAAGUUGAAGCUCAAAGACUUCGGUUCUAGAAGCCGCGCAGUGUAUGGUAAAAUGAAGGCGAGCACGGCUGACUAUGGGAACAAAAGCGUGCACCUCUUUAGCCGUGAAAGAGGGAGGAGUUGGUCUGUUCCCUCUGGCCCCACGUCGAUUCUUCCACUGAGUUCGGCUGUGAUUGCCUUGCCAUAUCGUCGGCAGCUAGAACUCCACAUAGAGGUAGACCUAAUAGUAAUCACAAUCUUUGACAACCAAGAAGAGUACAAGAAUUUGAAAUUCAGUCUAACAUUCACUCGUGGAAUUAGGAGUCAAGAAAGAGAAGUUGAUGAUGAUCAAGUUGAAGUGAGCAUCGCCUUCGAUCCGGAAAUUUGA